UUGCCCACUUCGAGAGAUAAAUUUCUGAUAAUAAUUCGUUUGAAAAAUUUCUCUGACUUAAGAAUCACAUUUGACCAAAUGGUCUGGAAUGCGCACAAAUUGUGUAACGGAUUGUGGGUGCCAAAAGAAUCAUACUCCAUUUGAAAUUUGUCACGCGUAAUACUUCACGGAUGGAUGGUUGCAAUUUAACCGUGUUUUUGAGUUUGAUUUAUUCUCUUUCACUCUAUCCACUGACCUUCAUUAUCGUGCUCGAAUAAUCAAACCCCACAAUGGUAUCACCUUAUUUGGUCAGCCUGGGUACAUAAGAGUAUUUAAAAUUGUAGACCGCGCCGUACGCGUGUAAUGUAUCAGUAAUAAUUUCAACGCCAAUGUGUCACGUACUCUCUGUAACCCGGUUGUUAUAAAAGGGCCAGACAAUUCGAACUGCGUCCCAUAUUCGCAAAAAGGCGUUGAGCACUAUUCAGAAGCUUCAAGAAUUUAUACGGAAGUUCUGGUACGAUAAAAUUAAAAACAGCGGAACCUUCGGUUUCUUUGAAAUUUGUCUGAUUAGCGUUCGUCAGCCCAAAGUAGUGGACCUUCGAGCAUUUUGGCGAAUCGGUUUCUCCAAAUUUACAAGAAAAACAGCAGGUUCUUUGUAACCAACUUUUCGUCUGACAAACAUUGAAAGUGUACUGCUUUUUAGUUUCGAGAAGAGGUGUUCGCGUGGACCUAGCCCGAUAUGUAAACUUCGGUAAAUCCCCUGGUGACGAUGACGAUGUUUGUAACUUUAAAAAAAGUAAAUAUCCAACGAAGUACCGCAGUAUUGAUGUGCCUACAUACGUUCAUCUAUAACAAUAUUAUACGCUGCUUCUUGCCGUUCAUGCACGUGUACAUGAUGCUAUAUCGUUAAGCAAACGGUACCUCUCUGGAAACCAAAAGUGAUUUACGACUUGAGGCUCACGACUAGGUGGAGAGGGAGUCCGUAACAAGUGCAUUCACGUUUUGUUCUAGUGGAUUACAGUGUCAUUCGGGGAUUAUAACACAUAUCGAUCACCGUCACUUCACAACUCUGCUUUAUUCACCCUGCGGCAUUAUGUUGUACCAUUAGGUUUGAAUCGCAUCCAAACACUAGUACAGAAUUAUGCAAGAGGCAUAAGAGCGCUAUCAGCAAUCACAGUGCGUGCAUUCUUUCAGUAGGUAGUGUAGAUAAAAAACAAAAAUAAAAAAAUUUCGCAAUCAAUCAGCAAUCAUUCCCAUACCAUCAAUUGUCAGGUACGCCGAAGAAAAACCUCUACAAAUAUCCUGAAGAAUGGAUAGGACGGUGAAUAUCGGUACGAGGUUCGACUACGUACGGAUAUCGAGUAUGCAAGAUGGAUAUCCACGCAUCACGCUCCUCUGCUCAUCAGCGAGAAUGUUUUGUCGUAAACUUCCGUUUCCGGCCGGCAAUAUUACCGCCGAUGUUAUAUUGUUAGUCGGAAUGUUAUAUACCUAUAGGUAUGUAUUAUUUUGUAUUGUUAAUGCGCAUUGCAUGUGGCGAACGAGCAGGCGAUGUACAGUACACCCUUCACAAUAUGUCGGAGAGGAAGGUUACAAACCGGACGACACAACGCGGUCUAGCAGAACCGGUAACAAUUGACCGGUGCCUAGCGACGAGUGGCGAUCAGCGGUGGCUGGCUUUGAAAAAUUAUACUUGAGCGAGCUGCUCGAAUGAAGAUCGCUUGCAAUCGCGUGCAUUCUCCUGUACAGUGGAAGAACUCAUCCAGUCAAAUAGUCCCUGUCUGAAAUUGAAUAUAGCGGCAAUGGCAUACGUAAUCCUUCCACAUGAGCACGCACAAGUCGACUUGGUAUAUAGCUACAUAACCAGUCUGGCUACGCGUUCGCAGGUGACUUGGGACUCGCAGUGUAACAGGUGCCGAGUCACGAACAGGUGAGGAAAUCUGUCCAAUCAGUCAUGGAGGAGGAAGAUUUUGGGUACACGAAAAGGGACUUAAAGGUUCUGCAGAACGUUUUGGUCACGUCUGCGGGGACUGAACAAGGCUCGGAUGACCGGGGCACAGGUGCAGAUGACCGUGACGAUUCGGCGAAGGUAAAUGAGGGCGAUAGCGCGUUGGUGUCGAGGGAAGGAAGCGGUGGUGCAACGCCGGAAACAGGAAGUGAGCCCAGGGCUAAAGGUGUAAUGAGCGAGUUGUCAGUCGGUCGUGAACCUCCGAGCAUCCCGAACGUGGUCGAGUAUCAUCUGAAAGUGAAAACAUCGUCGAGUCCGAAUCGGGUUCAUUUUGCCGGAAAGAAGGGCGAUCAGGACACGAACGCCGAGAGGAGGGACUCGAACUCUUCGAGCAAGGCUGAGAGCAAGUUAAGUCAAGAGCUGACGAAGAUGGCGCUGGAAAAUCGAGGACUCGAGGCGUCCGGCGAACUGCCCCAAACAUUUCAAGUCAAAUAUCUUGGGUCCCACGACGCGAGAGGCCUCUGGGGCAUAAAGCACACCCGGAGACCAGUCGACAACAUGGUUACAGCAGCGAGAGCCUUACCGGCCGGAACUAUACUCCCGUUCAUCAAACUGAUCGUGAGCAAGGACGGAGUCGCGCUUUUACCGCUCGGUAAGAAACGCCACGACGCUGGUAUAUCGAAGAAAUUUUCAAUCGACACGAUUUCGUACGGUGUUCAAGACCUCGUUUACACGAGGGUAUUUUCGAUGAUAGUCGUCAGGGACGUCGGGCAGAAUCAGGGAAUUUCACCGUUCGAAUGUCACGGAUUUGUUUGCGAGUCACGACACCACGCGAGACAGCUCACCUAUGCGCUCGCAACUGCGUUUCAAAUUUACAGUAUAAACGUUAAGGCGCAGGGCAAGGCUGAGGAGACUGCUGGUAACAUAAAGAAGAGGUUCGCAAUCGACCUCAGAAGCCCCGAAGAAAUCGAAGCUGCACUCACGAUAGACUCCGAAGCGUGAAUCAAGCUCGCUUCAAGAUUUUUUUUUGUCUUCUUCAACUUUUAACGUACCUAGUUCUUUUACUCGACGUUGCAACGUAUCUAACCGAAACUUUUCACUCGUAUAACGAGAUACGCACUCUACGUCCGUAUAGAGACAUUCAGCUUUAAUUUCACAUGCACCGUGGAUCUUUCCUCAAAGCCAAAAUCAGAGGGAAUCUUGGGUUUGGUUAUUUUAAUGAUUAAACACAGUGCGAUUGAUGCCAGUGACUAUAAACCAUAUACGUUUAAUACAGCAGUAGUAAUCUUUAGUUUCGUUAACCGAGUAAUAACCUUUCCUAAUACAGGAAAGUGUAAAGAAGCGAAAUCCCCCAACCCUGCAGAGAUGACUUAUUCUAUGUAACCCAAAAUUCACUGGUCAGGGUGUUUAUGAUUUGAUCGUUUGCCUCGUUGAAGAAAUCUGACUAAUUUCGAGAAUGCGAUGGUUGUUGGUCUUUUUGCCCAAUCAAAGCUUAAGAAUUGUUCGGCCAAUGAUUUGGCGAAUGACGGUUCGUAUUAUUAUUGUAUGAAACUGAGGCUCAGAAGGCACGGAUAAAAUUCAGCAAAUCUGAAGGCCUGUCCAAUGUAUGUAUGUACCUUUCUAGCCGUAUCUUAUGUUUUUAGUAUUCCAUCACCCAUCUGUUGUUAUACUAUUACACAUGUAGUACCAUAUAAAUUAUUUCUCGUACCUUUACGCCUGUUCAAACACGAUGACUAGUGUUAAGUUACGUAUGUUAUAUUACAUGUAUAAAAAUGAAUAAAUUUAUUUAUAUACCUACCGAAA